AGGUUAUAUUAUUGUGUUAACCGAUUGCGGAAGGGGCAGUUGUGUUGUGAUGUGGUGAAAAUGAGGUUGUUGGUGUGUUUGUUGCUGGUGGCGGCUGUUGCUGGGAAGGGGAAGAAGCAUCGGCAUAAUAAACCAGGUCGAGCAGUCCUGGACCGGCUAUCUAGCACCACAGUAACAGAUGGCACAGUGGAACCAGGCAGAGAACUACUCCCAGAGCCCCUGGACGUGGCUCCGUACGCGGUGGUAGAAACCAACGCUACCUGCGGGGACAAUGGCGCUGAGGACUAUUGCAGAGAUACGCCUGGAAAACGCGGCGUGGUCUGCGACGUAUGUGAAGGCUUGGAUGGACCAGCAGCCCGCCGUCACCCAGCGUCUUACGCCAUUGACGGUGAUCCUAGUACCUGGUGGCAGAGUCCUGUAGGCGUAGCUCAUGUUACGCUGGUCGCUACGUUACCUGAUGAGAUGGAGCUAGUCCACGUCAUCAUCAAGUCGGGACCAUCACCGCGACCAUUAGCCUGGUCCUUGGAGGUAUCUUCAUCAGAAAAUGAGGACUGGAAGAUGAUCAGCGCGUUCGGAGACAAGGAGCAUUGCAGGAAACUGUGGGAUCUACGUCCUGAACGGAGACGACGGAAAGUCAGAGCGGCGAAGAAUCGCAGAGCGGACAAACCCACAUGCUCAACGCAGUUCACCAGCCCCAGGCCUUUGGAGAACGGAGAGAUGCACAUCCGCGUUCAAGAGGUCGCGGCGCGGCGCGUGCGCAUCUCCUUUCGCGCCGCGCACCCCGCCUCCCCGUCGCAGUACUACACUGUGCGCGCGCUCGCUCUAGUCGCGCGCUGUCUCUGUCACGCGCACGCCAGGCAUUGUCAUGUUGAUAGAAAUGGUGCAAAAUGCAAGUGCCUCCACGGUACCUGCGGCUCCCAAUGCUCGCGUCCCUGCGAGACCCCCGAUUGCUCGUGCGGAGAGCGGGGGGCGUGCCAGUUCGACGAGACGGGCGCCAUAUUGUGUGUCAACUGCACGGAGAAUCGUGCAGGUCCUCUUUGCGACCGAUGUCUGACGGGCUUCUACAAUGCUGUUCCCGAUGGCCCUUGUUUGCCGUGUGAAUGUGAUCCUGAUGGCUCUGAUGGCUCCUGCACCUACAGCAAGCACCAAAAAACCUGCAACUGCUUCCUCGGUUUCACCGGCCCGCUAUGCGACGCGUGCGCCGACGAAAACGCAGUGUUCCCUUAUUGCUUGGUCACGGAGCUCACCACGGACGUUCCUGAGUGCAAGUGUGAUGUCCGUGGAGUAGUGAAUCCUGAAAGGGUGUGCGAAGAUAUCUGUGAAUGCAAGGAGAACGUGGUAGGAGAGCGGUGCGACGCUUGCGCGCCGGGUCAUUUCGGAUUGCGAGCGGAUGUGCCCGAGGGAUGUCGCCCGUGCUACUGUGCUCACGUCACUGACUCCUGCGUCGAGGAUCCGCAGCCCGAGCCGAGUUCCAGUCACAGCAUGGUAUUUCCGCUGGGUGAAGCGUGGUACGUGAGCGACGCAGAAGCGAACGAAACGAUAGAUCCGUCUGUGGAGAACGGGAAACCUUUUCUUAUUAGUUCUUAUGAGGUAGAACUCUGGGAUUCCUUCUACUGGUUGACGACAGUGUUUAAAGGUGAACAACUAUCAUCAUACGGGGCUGAGAUCCGGGCUAAGCUUUUCUUCGGCGUAGUGCGAGGUGACACCGGUGGGAACCCCACUGCUGGGCCUGAUGCUAUACUUAUUGGUGCUGAUGGAACAAAGCUGUACUUCCGUAACAGAACCCACGAGACCCCAGGAGAGCUGGUGCUGAAUCUGCCACUGUCUGAAGGCUACUGGUUCACCAGCGAAGGACCGGUGUCGAGAACGCAGCUCAUGGACGUGCUGAGUGAUCUUAAGGCGAUCAUGAUUAGGGCGCAUUUUCAUAUGGAUCAGGAUGAGGUCCGUCUAGAGUCAGUAAAGAUCCUAGGCGCAGCCGCCGGCGUGCGCGAGGCGUGCGCGUGCCCGGGCGGCUACGCGGGCGCGCGCUGCACGGCCUGCGCGUGGACGCACGUGCGCGUCGCCCGCGCCAGGGACUCGCUGCCGGCCUUCGAGUGCGUUCCGUGCGCGUGCAACGGCCAUGCGGGCUGCGAUGAUGUAGAGGGCGCCUGCGGGCCUUGCAAGCACAACACGACAGGUGCACAUUGCGAACGCUGCUUACCAGGACACUACGGAAACCCUGUGCAAGGUGCCUGCAAACCCUGCGCUUGCCCACUUUACCUGCCGUCCAACAACUUCAGUCCAAACUGCGCGUUAGCUUCAGCCGAGGGCGAUGAGUUCGUCUGUACCCAGUGCCCAGACGGGUAUACUGGAGAUCAUUGCGAACAUUGCGACUUCGGCUACUGGGGCUCCCCAACGACUCCAGGAGGCUCGUGUCGGCCUUGCGACUGCGGCGGAGCGCCCUGCGACCGCGACACGGGACUGUGCGGGACCUGCCCUCCUCGCACGGAAGGGGCGCGCUGUGAUCAGUGUCAGGAAGGCUACUGGUUCGGGGCUGACGGCUGGUCGGGCGCGGGCUGCGUGCCGUGCGACUGCGGCGCCGGCGCGCUCUCUGUGGCAUGCGACGCUAGAACCGGCCAGUGCGCGUGUAAACAAGGCUUUACUGGCCGGAGAUGUGACACGUGCGGCGUAGGACAUGGCGAUCUAACCGCGGGCUGCCCCGCCUGCCGGUGCGGCACGGCCUCGCUCUCCAACUCUUGCGCCGCCGACACCGGCGUGUGCGCAUGCGCGCCGGGCGCGGCGCCGCCAUACUGCGAUAGCUGUCAAGACGAACAUUAUGGCUUGGAGAACAGCGGGUGCAAAGGCUGCAACUGUUCGCCGCUCGGUUCGGAGAGCAGCGUAUGUGACAUUCGCUCCGGACAGUGCAGAUGUCGGACACACGUCACGGGGCGUGCGUGUGACACUUGCGAGGAAGGCUACUGGGGCCUCCGAGACGGCGGCUGCAGACCUUGCCAAUGUGGCGCGGGCGCCGCCGCCUGCGAUCCUGUCACCGGGCAAUGUGCAUGCGCGCAGGGCGUCGGAGGGGACUCGUGCGAUAGAUGCCUUAGAGGAUACUAUGGAUUCGGGCCUAAUGGUUGUCUACCCUGCCCCCCUUGUUCCGACGGGAAGGUGUGUUCGCCCGAAAACGGGCGUUGCGUCUGUCCACCCCGCUCCAGAGGUCCGGGGUGCAAACAAUGCGCCCCCGGCUUCUGGGCCAGGCCUGCUGGGUGCAAGCGCUGUUCCUGCGGGCCCGGAGCCGCAUCUGAUAACUGCGACCCUCUCACCGGGCAAUGCAAGUGCCGCGCCGGCUGGUCUGGGGCUUCCUGCGACGUGUGCGCACUGGGCCACUUCGGGCCAAGAUGCAAGCCCUGCCACUGCCAUCCGGACGGGAGUGCUACCUGUGAGAAUGGUGUGUGCGGGUGUGAUGAUAAUGGACAGUGUUUCUGUAAGGCCAACGUAGUGGGUGAGAAGUGCGAUCAAUGCCGGCCGGGAACAUUUGGACUAUCAGCUUCGCCAAGUGGAUGCACCGAGUGUUUCUGCUUCGGACGCAGCGCGCACUGCACACAGGCUGGACUGACUCGCGCAGCUCUGCAUGCGGCGGCACCAGCUCACCUUACGCUACUUCAGGGAGAUAGUAUUAAGUCAGUAGACCAAGACUCUCUAAUAGCCAUCCACACCCACUCCCUAGACUCCACGAUCACCCUCCCCUGGCCCCCAGUCCCCGUGUACAUGGAGCUGGACAAGCGGUUCCUAGGGGACCGGGUGACGUCAUACGGCGGCUUCCUCAGGUUCAGGGUGGAGGAGGAGGGGGGGGAGGGCCUGGAUGAGGAGACGAUAAGGAGGUUCCCGCUCGUCAGGGUGUAUGGGAGGGAUGUAGUGCUGGAUUAUUAUGAGCGCACUCCUCCAAUCAACAACACACACGGUAUCCGCCUACACGAAUCACUAUGGCGGGUGCGCGCACGCAACGAUCUACAAGCAACCCGUGCUGCCCUCAUGCUUGGGCUGAGGAAGGUCGAACGGAUACUAGUUAGAGUCACCACUAGGGCGCCUAAACACGAUGACAAUGUUCAUGCAUUACUCCUCAACGUGUCUCUAGACACAGCGAUCCCCGGCUUCAGCCGCUCCGAGCCCGCGCUGGGCGUGGAACUCUGCUCCUGUCCCACUGGAUACUCCGCGCCAUCCUGUCACGAGCCCGCCAUCGGCUUCUGGAUGCCUCCUGUUAAAGUUCAUCUUGAUAGCGUUGCUGGAACUAUUGUUAUAAGAUUGGAAGGAGAUGCGAGGCCUUGUGACUGCAAUGGAAGAGCUGUUAGCUGUGAUCCUGAUACUGGACAUUGCGUGAACUGUACCUACGGAACCGGUGGCCCGCGCUGCGAGCGCUGCGCCGAGGGUCACCACGGAGCCGCGGACGCCCCCGGCGGCUGCCAAGCUUGCCCCUGCCCCUCCAGGGCCAGAAACUUUGCUUCCGCCUGCGCCAUGCAGGGGGGAAGGCUGCAGUGCUUGUGUAAACCUGGCUACGCCGGCACUGACUGCGAGCUAUGUGCCGCCUCCUACUACCGCUUACUCGACGGCGCCUGCGCGCCCUGCGCGUGCGACGUUGCCGGCUCGCUGUCCCCCCAGUGUGACGGGCGCGGAAGAUGCAGGUGUCGCGAUUACGCGACCGGCGAUAAGUGUGAUAGGUGCAGAGGACCGAAGCUGUGGAUGGAUGGCGGCGGAUGCAGGCCUUGCGAUGGGUGCACAACCACCCUCCUCGACUCAAUCGACCACCUCGCCGCCUCGCUCCGCAGCGCCGACCUCGCCGAGCUCGGCCGCGUUCCUCGACCGCACCCCGCCGUCCGCGAGUACUCGCACAACACCUCACUACUCCGCAACUCUUUGUACCAGUUCGUUAACACCCUGGACCAUUCUAAAAACUUUGAAAACGAUGUUAGUAACUUGGAAGCUUCCGAGCAUAGGAUAUUUACUGAUUUACACGCUUUAAAAGAAGAUGCGGAAACAAAAGAGGACUCGGCGAAAUCUUUAAGCUUAGAAAGCAUGAGUGGAUUAGAAGAAGUGCUAAAGCAAAGGCAGAAAUUGGGAGAACAGGUAGCGGUUUUGGACGACUUUGCGAGGGGAGAGAGACAUUUGGGUGCGCAUAGAGCGAUUAAGGAGGCGAGACAUUUGUUGAGGAAUAUUAAGGAUGUGAGGUUGAAUGAUUACAUUUCUGGAGCUAAUGAUGUUUAUGAUGCGGCGAACGUGCAAUCUACCGCGGUGCAAGAGCUAAACUACAGUAUAGACGAUGCGUAUGCGCGUCUCCGCGGCCUACAGAAUACUUUCGAGAGUUGGCAUGAGAAGGCUGAAGACCUACCACGACUGGUCGAUGCCGUUUGGAUGGCUGGAGACAAGGUCGCGGCCAUGGAGAAGGAGGUUAGGCCCAGAAUGGCGGCCGCUAGGGACACUGGACUGCGAUGCAGACUUAUUUUAGAGGACGUGUUAUCUCUCUCCAACCACACAUUCGUUGACGACGCCGGCUCUGCAUUACUCCGCGCACGCUCUCUCCUUCUCUCUCUGCCCGCCUUAGCUGCAGAGUUGGACUCGCUCACUCCCGCGGCGGAGGAGAAGGAAGGCAUUCUGUACAAUUUGACGCCGACGUAUAGGCAGAAGUAUUUGGACGCGGUGGAGACGCAUGUGAAGGAGCUCGGGGCGAAAGCGAGAGAGUAUAAGAGGUACGAACCAAAAUUACCUGGCCUGUUCGCGGGCACCCGCGCCCUGGCGUCGGCCGGCGUGACGGCGGCGCGCGCGUGGGCGUCGGUGGCGGAGCUCCGUCGUCAACUGGACCAUUUGAGGAGAGGAGCUGAUUUAGUAAGCGUGGUGCUGCGUGGACUUGGCUGGCAAGAGCGGGACCUUGGAGCGAGGCCUAGCGCCCGUGUAGCGCAGACCAUUGCGGCUGCCAACGAGCAAGCGGACCGAGUGUUCGCAACGACACGAGUCCUAUACGAUGAGGCAAGCGAGAUCCGACGUCGCGUGCGAUAUAAUCUACGACGGCAGUUGACAGAACUACAAAGACAUGGGGACACCGCGCUUGGUGCAGCCCAAGAACAUGUGUCACAGAUCCGUGGCAAUAUGCUUCGCGGAAGUGAAGCAGCAGAAGCACUAGCAGCAGCCGCAGCAGCGCGAGCAAAAGAGCACGAGAGAGCCGCCGGCCUCGUGCGGCCUCGUUUACAAGAACUACAGGAUAAGAUAGCGAGAGCGAAGCACGCCGCUGAUUCGAUCACAGUAUCAGUGACAUCCCUACCCGGCGGCAUUGGCUGCUCGCGCGCCUUCACAGCGCCGGCGAUGUCUCCUACCGUCUCACGCGCGUCUAUAGCCGUCUCUUUCGACGGCGCUGUUCGAGACGGACCAUUACUACAGAUGACAGAUGAAACCAAGGAAACACCAAGCUACAUGAAACUUACAGUACACAAGCAGCAGUUCCAGCUCAUCUGGGACCUGGGGGACGGGGUGGGGAUGGUCACACACCCGGAGGUCUUAGAGCAUAUACACGAUGAUGCAGACCACAACACUUACACGGUGGAUAUUGAGAGAGUAUGGAACACCGUUCGCCUGACAGUCGAACGCGCCGGCAAACCCUCGACCACCGUCUCCAACUCUUCGCUAGGCUCGUCAGUAUCUCUCCACGCCACCCGCCUCUGGCUGGGCGGUGGCGGGGGAGGGGGCGGGGGUGGGGGGCUGCCGGGGUGCGUGCACGCGCUGUACUGCGACGAGAGGCGGGUGGGGCUGUGGAACUUUGUGGAACAGCCGAAAGAUGCACAAUGCACGGGGUGCACGCAAAGAUGGUACAACCCAGCGCGCGGUGGCGAGCCCUCCCUCGCGUGGUUCAACGGUGAGGGUUACGCCGAACUAAAACGAUCCGGAUUCCGACCUUCCGACCGACGGUACUUCAGCGUGGCGUUCACCGUGAGGACGAGGGAUCAGGAUGCACUACUUUUCAUGGCAGUUGAUGUAGCUAAUAACCGCUCCAUCUCCGUCCGCAUGUCGUCCUGCCGCGUCGUGUUCACGGUACAAUACUCGGACUCGCGGCUCGAGAUAGCAGCGCGAGGGCGCCACUGUCACGGCCGGGCCGUUCAUGUGCAAGCUGCGAGGGUCUUCGCUAGUAAUAAGCUGGAGAAAGGCAGCCUGCGUGUGAACGGCGAGGAGACGCUGGGGUCGCCGUCGCCGCCGGUGCAGACGGCGGCCGCGCUGCCGGACGUGUCGGCCGCGGCCUACUGGGUCGGCGGCGCGCCGCCCGGCCGCGGCCGGCACGCCGCCGCGCCGCCGCUGCUCGGGUGCCUCGGCGCGCUGUCCGUGGACCGCGUGGGGUACGACGUGCUGGACACGCCGACCAGGAACGGCGUGGAAGCUAGAUGUAUGGAUAGGACCCUCCGCACAGCGACACUAGAAGGCACCGGCUACGUUGAACUCCCGUCCCCCAUCCUCCGCCGCAAAGCAGCCCUAGGGCUCACGUUCCGCGCCCGCGGCGACGGCCUGCUGCUGUACAGGGCUCCGUCCACGCUCAGCGAGAACGAGGUCGACGACGAAGAUGGCGACGACAAGCAUUACCUCAGGCUCAUGCUGGUUGACGGUGAGUUGGAACUGACUGCAGCGGCAGGAAAAGCGGAGCUGCAACUGCGCACGAACGGCACACGGUUCGACGACGAUAACAGACACUCCGUCAGAAUCGUGAGGGCUCAUAAACAGCUGGAGUUAUGGGUAGACGAAGACCGCAUGGCAACAGGGACGCUAGCCGGCAACGCGUUGCCAGCUCGCAACAAGGGCUUGUUCAUCGGAGGCAUGCCGGCGACGCAAGACGGUCCAAUGUAUAAAAGCUUUAGCGGAACCGUAGCUGAUCUAAUCGUGGAUUCGAAUGUAAUCGGGUUCGAAACAGCGACGGCAUCUUACACAGUAGAAGUCGGGGCAGUAAAAUUUGGCGACUCGCCCGGCAGCCAUGCGACAUUGCGAUUACCGCCUCGUGUGAAAGAGCUCUCGUUGUCAUUAAACUUCCGGACGUUCGCUUCUGACGGACUUUUACUAUUAGCUCCGGGUACGAAAACGAAACCAAAGCACUAUAUGGCACUACUAGUUCGCGAAGGGAAGUUGCGACUGUACGUGCGCGGACGGCGACGGAAGGAACUCUCUCUCGCUGCCUCAGUGUCAGAUGGAGAAUGGCGUGAGGUAAACACUGUCGUGACAGUUCGCAUCGCCCGCAACCGCCUCGUGCUGUCGAGUGGCGGAGCGGCGAGCGCUGCGCACGCGCACGCGCACGCGCCGCCCGCCGCCCGCGCGCCGCGGCUCUACGUGGGCGGGUUACCGCAACCGCUCAACAACAUACCCAACUCUAUUCUCCGAGUAGGCGGAUUCCACGGCUGCAUCCGUCGUGUGGUAGUCAACGAUCGGGCUGAAGACCUAGUGAGAAACGCGGCCGCUCACCACAGAGUAGGGCAGUGCUUUCCGAACGUCGAACGAGGCGCUUACUUCGGAGGUGACGCGUACGCGCUGUGGUCAAGCGCGUGGCGGCCGGCCGAGAGCGGCGCGGAGGCGGCUGAGAUGCGGUUACGAUUCCGCAGCGCUGAACCGUCCGGGCUACUACUAGCCGCUACUAACCUUGUGCUUGAGCUGAAAGAUGGCGCUGUAAUCCUAACCCGCACGGGCUCCACCACGUCCCGCGCCGAAACCCGCGGGCCGGGCAACAGGGCGCUCUGCGACAACGCGUGGCACACGCUCGUCGCCCGCGUGUCGCGCACGCACGUGGCGCUGUCGCUCGACGCCGGCCCGGAGAUACGGGACGGGGACGCCACGCUUGUGGACGAGGAGAGUGCGCCUGCUGCGCCUUUGUAUGUGGGAGGGUUGCCAGAAGGGUCCACAGACGGCGUGGACGCUCAAAACUUCAAGGGCUGCGUUGACGACGUCAUCAUCGGCGGACAGAAACGCAAGUGGAAAGACAUGGAGGCGCUACACAAUGUGCUGUUGGACUCCUGUCCUGUCACGCAGUGAACCUUAAGGCUUAGAACUCACUGCCACAGAAUAAGUAAUAGUAUUAUCAUACAGAACGGCCACGCACCGCCCCGCCCCGACUCGAAUGCCCUCGCCCCGCGACAGAAAUCUGGCGGACUUCUGGCGUGCUCUCAAUACUAUUUUUAAGCAACUUUCUCACACUAUGACGCAUGACGCGUGUACGGACGUGCCGUUCACACAUAGAAACGCGAUUGAUUUUUGAUGUAUAGCGUGUCCGCCCUGAGGCACUGCGAUAAUUUUUUUGCGGUUUUAGAACCGCAAAAAGUGUAAGACUGAAACCGCAAGAAAUUAAUCGCAGUGCGGCAGUGCAUUGUAGGUGCUAAUGUGGGGGAGUAAGGUUCGGAUUCGUUCGACGAAAUUCUUGCAGAUAGAAUUGAAGUUUGCCUGUUUUAGACAUAGGCGCUAAAUGUUCUAUUAGGGUCCUGUUACAA